CCCUAACCCUAAUCCUAAUCCUAAUCCCCUCCACAAGCUCCUCGAGCCCCUCGACCCCACCUCCAAAUCCCACCGCAUCGGGCUACAACCCUAGAAGCCCUAACCCUAGAUGGAGGUCGAGGUCAAGCUCCGCCUCCCCGACGCCGCCGCGCACCAGCGCCUCUCCGACGCCCUCGCCCCCCGCCACCGCCGCACCCACCUCCAGGAGAACCUCUUCUUCGACGCGCCCUCCGGCGAGCUCGCCGCCGCCUUCGCCGCGCUCCGCCUCCGCUUCUACGACGCCGACGCGCGCUGCGUCCUCUCCCUCAAGUUCCGCCCCAACCUCGCCUCCGGCGUGAGCCGCGUCGAGGAGGUCGAGGAGGACCUCGACCCCGCCCUCGCCCGCGCCUGCGCCGCCGAGCCCUGGCGCCUCGCCGCCAUGGCCCAGGCCGGCUCCUCCCAGAUCAUGGCCAGAGUCGUGGAAGAGUUCAAAUUGGGGGCAAAAAACGGAUCUUUGGUGUGCUUAGGGGGUUUCCGGAACGUGAGGGCGGUGUACGAGUGGGAGGAGGGUCUCGUGCUCGAGCUCGACGAGUCGCAGUUCGACUUCGGGACAAUCUACGAGGUGGAGUGCGAGACCACAGAGCCGGAGCGGACGAAGGCGAUGCUCGAGGGCUUCUUGAGCGGGAUCGGGGUGCCGUUCGCGUACUCGGAGUCGAACAAGUUCGCCGUCUUCCGGGCGGGGAAGUUGCUUCCCUGAUACGUGAGCCUCCUCCUCCUCCUCCUGCCCCAUUUCUUUACCAAUUUGAAAUGCUCAUAAACAACAAUGUUCUCCAUGAAUUUUUCGCUUGAAAUAAGAUGCUCUUUUUAAAUCUGCUUGUGUGAUGAAUUUGGAGCUUUUAUACUUCAAGGAAAUUCGCUACUGGUGCUUCCGAAACCAUGGAUGUUGUGUUUGCUACAAGAAACUACUCAAUCUAAGUGUGUGUUGUGUGA